AUGAAAACGGGGACGAUUCAUUGGUUAAGCCUCCUCAUUACCAUAGACAACGACGUAACCUCUACAAUCAACGUUUUUGAACAGCUCACUUAUCGGUCAUCUAUUCUACAAUUAUACACAUGUAGCCAAGUCAUCACAAGCACAGAUAUAGAGGCCAGAAGCCUAAAGCUAAAUGUCACCGGCUAUAAUCCAAUCAUCUUCUCCGCCUCUCUUGAAAUCCCUCUCCUCGUCGGCGGGCUGCUGCGUGCAAUAUGGAUUUCCCCGCUAGUCUGUCGAACAUUUGGGCUUUUACUCUAUAUUCGCAGACGGUACGCAUCUCCAGGGAGAGUGCGGUCACUUGAUGCGCAAAAGGAGGUUGUGAGAUGCUAUUCGCAACUCCUUCCGUUGGAGGUGGUUGGCACGAAGGACGUUCCUUACUUUUGGUGUUGUUGUUUGGAGAACAUUAAAUCUCGUCGCCAAGCAACACCAAUUACCACGAUCGGUGGUCCAAAGGCCUGUAAAAUGGCCUACCCUGGCCCACCCCGCCAGGGAAACCGCACCCCCUCGCAGUUUCUUCCCACCGAUGGCCGUUAUAUAAGCUUCUGGCCCAACCUCCAGUCCCUCUACCAGCCUGAGUUCUGGGUCGACCGCCAGACCCAGCUCCAGAGAGAGGCCCACCACCAGGCCCAGCUCCAGAGAGAGGCCCGCCGCCAGGCCGAGCUCCAGAGAGAGGCCCGCCGCCAGGAACGGCGGGAACAGCUCUACCUCGAGCUUGAGCGCCAAUAUCCCAGCAUCAAAUUCCUGGAAAAAGGUGGAUUCAAUACGGUAUGGCUUCUGACCAUAAAUGGGGCGGACGGCCAGCCAAGACACAUGGUUUUUCGUGUCCCGAUAGACAGACUGAGUGGAGGCCCAGGAAUCAAGGCUAGUCUUGUGAAUGAGGUCGCCAAUCUCAAGUAUAUUCGCAAGCAUGUGCCGAGUAUCCCGGUUCCGCAGGUGUAUGCCUUUGAUGGCGGCGACGCACUUAUUGGGGUUCCGUUCAUCGCGAUGGAAUUCAUCCCUGGUAAGACGCUUAGGCACAUGUGGCCGGUGUAUAGUGAGGAAGAGCGUGAGAUUGCCUGCGAUAACUUGGCCAGUGUCGUGAUGGCAAUGAUUUUCACCGAGUUUGAAAAGAUUGGCGGUAUCACACUCGAAGGCGGAGGCAGAAUUGGUCCUGCUGUGGAGUAUUCGAGAUUUUCUGAUCCAUGCAGGAAAGAGCUUUACACUAAUCGGUGUUAUGACAUUGGCCCAUACGACUCUAUCAAAGACUAUGUUAUCGCCGGUUACGACAAGGAGUUGAAGUACUAUACUAGUAUCAGCACCGUUAGGCGUGGGGGGCCGCUCACUAAGGAGCAAGUCAAAAAUAUGGAUUUCGCCGAUACACUGAUGAAGGCGCGCAUGGCAUUCUGUCGCUCUGAGAAGGCAAAUUCCAUCGAGCCGUUUGUGCUAAUCCACGGAGACAUGCACGGUGGCAACAUCCUCAUGAAUGGGGCAAGCAUCGCUGGGGUGCUGGACUGGGAGUUUGCGGGGUCGUACCCGCUCAGCGAUAUUCUGAGGAGGGGCUUUGGGGGCCAGAAUUCGCCGUGGGAGAGAAGGGUCAAGGAUAUAGUGCUCGAAAGGGUGGGCGAGUGGAAAAUGGAUAUGUUGGAGAGCUACGAGGAGCCUGCGUGGGCCAGGGUGAGGGGGCUCACCACCCCGUUGUCGGAAACGGGAGAGAUUGCAGUUUAUGAUACUAUAUAA